CCAUAUCAACAGGACGUACCACUGCAGGAUCGUCGGAGAACGCUGGCGCGCGGUCAUCCAGGAUGUAUCCGCCAUGUGCAUGGACGCUAUGAAUGCAGGAUACGUCCUCAGGCCGGGACCUACGGACGACGUACCGGAUGUCGGCACCCUUGUCCGGUGGAAGAAAAAGUGGGAGUGGGUGCGGGAAGAGGGCUGGCGGUGGGAGUGGGACUAUUUGGCGUCCAGAAUGCCGCCGAGGCAGCGGCCUUUGACGGACCUCGACCCUCACCAGCUCUGGAGGCUGUACUACGAAGCGGACCUCUGAGUCUUCUCUUAUUUUUUCCUUGAGGAUCUGCCCUUUGCACGAGAUUUACCAGUGCCAGAUGGCCACCGGAGUCGCUUUCGGCCGCGCUGUGUUGCAGGUGUGCAGUAUGUACGCACUAUAUUCGCGAAGAGUCUUUUCUGUUGUAUUGCUAUUGGGCUGUAUUAGUAGGAGACGAUA